AUGACCUUGGGCCCUCGAGCGAACGCCAGCUCUAGCCAAAGUCCAGCUUCUCGUGUCUCUAGCCAGCCAAGUCCGGCAUCUUCGUCGUCUAGAAAGGCAAUGAAACCUGAAGUAAGUAAAGAACCGCAUACUGUUUCCCCAAUGUCUUCGUCAUUCGUACAAGUUCCGAUGCCCUUGCCACGUGCGAAAGAUACGCCGCGUUUCACGGGCAAGCAUCUCGGCGAGUUCCUGUCAUCUUUUGAGGCGAGAGCUCUAGGAAAUCGUGGUGCGGCAAGGGUGUUAGCCAGCCGGCACCUUCCCGUCUCAUGGGCGCAAAGGGAGUGA